CAAUAAAGGUGUGGCGGUGACCUACCACUGAUCACCCAGCCAGGAGGCCUGGAGAUGUCAGCAGCACGUGGAAAGGAAGCUUCGUGAUAGUGCUGCCCGUGAUUUCAUUUGUGCCGUUUUUUUGGCAGGCAAGUACAGAUGAUUAUUCCAUGAAGAACACCACUGCCACGAAAACGGAUCGGAAAAUCACGCUCUCGAUAUGCCCUGCAGUGUGGUGAUAGUUUGGAACACGGCGGUGUGGCCAUUUCGAAUUCUGGCUGUUGGCCUCUCCUCAAGAACUGUUCAGAGUCUCGAGUUCUACCAGCAAAUACCUUCCCUCCACAAACUCGAAUUUGUCUCCUCGAUUGGAGUGCAAUGGUUCAGCCAACACUAUCUCUUCCUACAUUUCUAGCUGCGAACAGCAUUGUUGAAGCGACUGUUGCUGUCACCCAUAUCCGGGUCUUCCUGAUUCCUGUUGGUUUGUCCCUGGCAGUCGCGUUACCUGUCCCAAAGAAAUCAACCCGCUCGUCAGUAUUCCGCACAAAACAAGUUGGCUUACUUUACUCAAAAGAGAUGGUGCAGAAACCAACCAAAACCAGGUGCAAGUGGUAUCGCCCCUGUCGUCACUACGAAUCAAUCUGUUAAGACCAAAGAAUUGCUGACGAUAUUGACUAGCACAAACAUCGCGAACUCAAUAUCCAAGAACUGUAGGCUGAUCAGACUAAGGGGCAUUGUACUGUUG